UCAUGUGUAUGAUGCUGUUUGAUUGCUGAAGUUCGCUAUUGCUCAUCUUCCUUGCAAUGAUCUGUCUGUGCAGAAUUUACAAUUUUAAACUGAAAUCUGAGCUGUAGCUGUGAAGCCGGGGACAGACGAAAUGGGUCGCCGAGUUAGCUCCCUAGUUAUGGUGGCGCUGGUGCUGGGCUUGCUGGUUGUUCUAGGCAGCUCAGGCGUGGACGGCAAGUGGGACAAGGAGUUCCGGAGGCGGCUGCGGAAACGGAUCGUGUCUGAUCUGCCACGGAGGCGGGCGGGCGAAGGAGGCAGUCAUCCCAAGUUGGAGGAGUUUGUCCAGAAGCUGAAAAUGGGAGAGAAGAGGAACCCCAACCUUGGUAAGUUUGAUAUGGGAAGCGUGUUGAUCGACUUUGAUGACGCAGAGAUGGGACAAACCGUGCGUCCUGGGCGGGGGCUGAGAUCUGAUGGUGAGGGAGAUGACGGCCAUGCUUCUGUGGAAUAUCGGGUGAGCAACAGUGAAGUCUCUUUCGACGGAGGGUUCUUCAAACUUCUUCAGGAUGACAAAGACGGAGAGGGUAUGCACGCGGAGGACAGUGAUUCGGACGCGGAAGAUAAUGAGGUGGAAGUGGAGAGCGAUUCCGAAGAGGCCGAUGGCGACAACGAUGUCGUCGUGACAGUGAAGGAUGGUUCCAAAAAUUGGCAGUUCCGGAGAUCGGGCAGCGCUGGACGCUCUAAGUUUGUAAAAGAAGGGACACUGGGCCCGUUUCCCGGCACGUGUUGCUCCCCACGGAUACAUUAGAGCAGUUGUCUUAUACACAUCUAGAUGUGUAUAAGAGACAGGUGUGUGUGUGUGUGGAUCCGUGUGUGUGAUGCACAGCCAAGAAAAGAGUGGAGAAGUGACAAAUCAGAAAACGAGGAAAUCGCGAUGGUUUGUCGGGAACUGACUAUUUGCAAAGUAGAACAUUGCAGAGGAUUGCUGAUGAAGCCACUGAAAGACUCCUUGGGCUGAGCAAGCCGAUGAAAAACUCAUUUGGAGCAGGACUGGUGUACAGGAGGGAGGGCCUUUUCUUUUCUAUUUCUCUUUUAUCGUGACUUGGAAGAGUGCUUUAUUAAUUCUGACUCCGAAUUUAUGACUCAUAGGUUGAAAUCCGGACAACCGAUCGCAAUUGGGACUAGUCACUAUUGUUGCUCGCUGUGUUGAGAGCGAGGGAGCAGAUCUCUUGUUGUUUCAAUUCCAAACAAUUGGUCAGACCGUCGCGCGUGGUGUUGAGUAGAUGAGCACAUCACGUUCGUACAGGAGUAUGCUCAUCUCAUCAUAGCAGUUCGUGCUCCUGGCGGUGUUAAACCUUUUAUCUAGAGUAUGCAUCAUCGUACUAUUAUGGACUAUGUUCAUUCAGAGCCCACAUUUAAAGAAAGUUGGGUGACGGAUCGAGACGGUCGAUCAGGUGCUUGCUGACCUGUAUUUGCAUAUAUUCUGUUUGACGAUAUAUACAUAAAUUAUAUAUAUGUUUAACAUAUAAUAUAUAUAUAUAUAUGAUGAGUCGGUGAAACUCCGACGAAACAGUUUGUUACAGCCCCUCGUUUGUUGUCUUCUUCUCUCUCUCUGCCUACGGUUUACCGGGCAGUUCUGUUUGUGACGAUAUAUAUACAUAUAUAUUUCAGCGGUCAGACAUUUACAGAGAGUUCAGGGAUCUCUAGCCAGUGUUUACUGGGUGUAGUGGGUGGGGGGGGUAAAUUGGGGUAGUUGGAAGGGGUGGGAAAUUGAGGUAGUUAGAAUGGGGUGGUAGAUUGGGUGCAGCUCAGGGUGGGGUGGUGUUUAGAAGAAAAAAAAGGAAGAAGGUUUGAUCUUUGAAGGGAGUGAGAUGUGUUGGAAAAUGAGAAGAAAAUCGCCGCAGCCCUGACACUCUGACAUUCUGACCUGUUAUCGGGGCCUGAGCGUCGCUUUCACCAGUCCGGGACUCCGGGACUGCCAGCACCGUUCUCCAGCUGCUUUUCACUGGGACUAUCAUGUUUCGAUUACCGGCAGUGGGACUAAUGUAUCGUGUGUCGAUAACCGGAUCGGGCAGUGGGACUAUUGUGUUUCGAUUACUGGAUCGGUACCAUCAUUUUACUCCGACUACUGUGCGAUACGUAGUGAAGAAGAAGACAAGGAUCGGUUGGAGAAGUUGCCCGACUUGUGCUGUAACGGACUUCUCGCAUUCGUCUCGCAUUCGAAUUCCGGUAUGUCAAGACUCGAGACUCAGGAUAUAAAUGCAUUUGAA